ACGAGAAGGAAAGGAUGUUAGUAAACACAAAGAUCCCAUUAAUGUUGCAGAUCACAACAAAUUAUACCAGUGUGGAGUAUUUUCCUUAAACACACCACAAUCUCUACAAGAUAAAGUCAUGUACGAGAUUAUUUCGCAGUUUGGACGUCGUGGAUAUGAAGGGCUGCACACUCUGACCAAAUCGGCUUUUACAAUUAAAACCGACAUAAAUGGGAAAAGGUAUUUUGCCAUGACAUACAAUGAAGCGGACAAAACACACCAUGGUCUUGACAACAAAGAAAAAAUGAAAGACGCAAGAAUGUACGAAACAUCAAAUGAAUUUUGUCCUCUAAAAUCAUUUGAGAAAUAUCUUUCAAAAUUAAACCCAGAGUGUGACAGGCUCUUUCAGCGGCCAGCUAGAGUGUUCUUAGGAGACACACAGGAGUUUUGGUUUGAAAAAGCGCCACUCGGUAUAAACACAAUAAACAGUUUCAUGCCAAAUCUCUCUGUUAAAGCCAACCUGAGCAAAAGGUACACUAACCAUUGCAUCCGAGCGUUUGUCUCGACACAUCUUCAUGGCCAGGGUUUCUCAAAUGCAGCCAUCAUGUCAGUGACAGGACACAGAAAUGUCCAAAGCCUCACAUCAUAUGUCAAACCCCAGGAUGAGGAGAAACGAACCAUCAGCAACGCCCUCGCUUAUAAGGGAGCAUCGUGUGAGCCAGCUCUAUCUUCACCACUGGAAAUUUCCACUUGCAGUGCAUCUUCUGACAGUUACAACCAUGCCUGGACUGAAUCUGACCAAUUAACAUCAUCAACUGCAUCUAAUCUCAACCUGCUGAACACUUUUUCUCAAUCCAAGCAGUGGUCCAUCUUCUCAGGUGCCAUUAAUUCCAGCACAAUAAAUAUAAACAUCCAUAAAUAAAUCCAAAGAUGAAAAACACUUCCUGCUUACAAACACUGAAACAGCAAAACACGAAUAACGGAUGAA